AUCACGUAAAACCUCUCCAAGUUGCGCAAGGCUACGCUAUCAGGCUGUCCGUUCGCGUUUCAUGGUAACAAUUUAGCAUUUUUUUAUUAUAUUAGGUAUCCCAUCUGAUCUUCGCCGCUUCUUCCUGUAGUUGUUUAUUUCGUAACCAAACAACUUUAUAAUACAGUUACCACUGUACCGAAUCUCGAGACCGCCCAUUCAAUCCCUUUCGCGAUAUUACGCAUGUCACGAUCCACGCUUUCGCCCUGCUCUUCACGAUAAAGACGACUGCAAUGAGUUGAUACGAUAGCAUAGCGAUUACGACAUAGCGGGAAACCGAGUAAUUUCCACCGCCGUGGAUAAUACAAGUGCUUAGGUAGUAGGGUGGUCGGCUGAGUUGAGCUACGAUGGCGAACCCAUAUCAUAUCGAUCAGAACGGCAUGGCGCCUCAAUUUGAUCAACAACAGGCCUAUUCGCAGCCUGGUCCUGAGGUUUACCAGCGACAGAAUGGCCCGAGACCCUUCACGUUGAGCGAGGCCCUUCCUUAUACGCCGUUCACAUCGGUCUUUCCUUUUGAACCAGAUAUCAUCAGUAAUCCUGCUAUUGGAUCUGGUCCUUUAGCGCCGUCGCUCUCCCGCCUAGUCUCGAAAGAAGAUUACGUUACCUUAAAUCAGGAAGCCGAAAACCCGGGCCUUUCUAAACGUGUCGAGGGAAGCCUCGAGUUUAUACAGAACCUCCUCAAGGCUGACAGGAUCACAAAAUUCCAAUUCAAAUCCGCGCCGAAACCUGCCUCUGCCUCUCUAACCAGGAGGCCAACCCAAAGUCUUGUCGAUGGCCUGUCCCCUUUUGCGAAGAUGGUUUAUGAUAAUACAUCUAUAUCCUUCCACUGUUCUGCCACCGACACUCCGAACGUCUCAAUACCCAAUGGCCACAGCAUGUCGCCUCGGAUCGCGAAAAAGUCGCCAAAGGACCGUAGGCAAGAAUUAGCUAAGGUUGUUAAGCACAAUCCUGCUUCUUUCAACGCGCAAUCGGUAGCUCAGAAUAAAUCCCGAAUCGAAGUUCAUAUACCUACACGAAGGGAACUGGAUGCGGCCGCAUCUAUGUAUACACCAACAAAGCCACCUGCUUCGUCUCCUUCCCCAGCAAUGCAAGCUCAGUCUCAGACGGUCUCGCUUGCGGAUUUGAUGGUGACCCCAAAGACACCUGCUCUCCCGGUCUCGCAAAUUCCGCAGGUGCCUUCUACGUCAGUGCCCGAAGUGAAAUCAGAAACCCCCCAACCAACGCAUGCUGCUUCAGGGAACUUGGAACCGCCAGAGAACUAUGAGAAUCCACCUCAUAAGACAGACCAAACCCUACCAACUUCGUCAUCAAGCUAUUCUAAACAUGUUAAAAUUAGUGUUGAAAUACCCACGGCGAGUUUCAACAGAAAUGAAUAUGCCGUGGUCCCUGAUUCACCUGACGCCCCUGUCCAUUUGUCCUCAAAAAGGAAGCACGCUUAUGAAGAACUUGAAGAUCCCCUUGGGGGUGAGCUCAACCAGCGUGAACUCGCUAACGCUGCUUUUUCCGAUUUGCGCCGAUGCUUUCAAGAGAUAUUUACUGCUGAGGAUCAACUAUCAAAUCAGCAUGGUCCCACAUCACACCUAGUGGUUUUAACCAGUGAACAGGAACCUACUAUGACAAUAGCUGCACAUGACAAAGCACAAAGACAGAUUAACAGAGCCAUUGAUCUUGGGUGUUUCCGUCAAGCGCCCCUUGAUGAUCUCCUCCGAAUCCAACGUUUAAGUGAAGGUUCCUUGAAACACGCCGAUACGCUCGAGUUCAAAUUAGAUGAGGCAUGGGGUGAAACGGAUGUUAGCUUUUGGGUUCAGCAGCUUCACGAUAUUGAAAUAGGUCUUAAGGCAGCUCGCACGGCAUUCCGCAUCAUGUGUGGCGGUCGAGAGGAGAAGCAGCUGUACUCCGAAGAUUUGAUUCAACAAGGCCUAAAUCUUUUUAGAAAUGUCAUAGGGGAUAUCAUCAUCCCCACGGCUGAGCUUAGGAGUACCGGUCCUACCAGUAACUUAUUUCGCCUUCUUGCGAUACACAAAAAAGUCAUUAGCACUCUAUUCACGACCUGUCAGAAGGUCUUUUCUCUAAUGUCAGACCUAAUAGCCAGUAUCGGCCUCUCCGGAACCGUUGUGCAUACUCUGGAGUUCGUGGCAUCGCGUCUUAUUUUCGUUGAGAACGCGCAUACAGAGAAAGAUUCAGUGGUCGGAGUUCAAAAGUUUGACACGCUUCGCUUAAUAGCUAUGAAUGUGCUAUCGCAGAUAUUCCUGAUGAAUCCUCCCCAGAGGGAAGGCAUCUUUAAUGAAAUUCUGACAUCUCUAGAGAAGCUACCUAUCGGCAAGCAGAGUGCAAGGCAAUUUAAGCUUUCGGAAGGAAGAAGUAUCCAGCCCGUCUCGGCUCUGAUCAUGCGACUAAUACAAGCAAGUGCUGGGAAGGUGAACGACCGCGAAGAGAAGCUUCAUGGCCGAAUGAUGCAGUCUAUAGCGGAAGAUAAUGGGAGCAGUGACCCGAUGUCUUCCGCCGAAGGUAUCAAUGGAAACCUCGACACUACAUAUACGAUCAAGACAGAGGCAUCUGCAGCGGUUCAGCACUCGACAGCUAUCCAAGAACUUCAAGCUCUAUCAAAGCCUCUUGCUGAUGGCGCCUACCGCAAUGCUACGUAUGUCGUCAACUUUAUAGUGAAACGGGCACUAAAAUCGACUAAGUCUGGAGAUACUCCUUACCGAAAUUUACUAGAUCUAUUUAUAGAGGACUUUACUACAUGUCUAGAUUCCCCUGAUUGGCCUGCGGCAGAGCUGUUACUUCGACUUACUAUGUACAUCAUGUUUCAACAGAUGGAUGGCGAUAAAAAUGCGGCCCCGGCAAGAAACAUGGCCUUGGAACUUCUCGGCGUUAUGGCUGCAGCCAUAUCAAAACUGCGAUCCCACGUCCGGAAGACAGCCACCAAUUUUGAAGGCAGCGACUCCGACGAACUCGGCCAAUGGCUUGCCGAUCUGACUCUGAACGUCUUGGAAGGCAACAAGUCCAUGGAAAAGACAGUCGGCUGGUUAGGGCCAUAUCGUGUCGUUCUAGAAUAUUUGCAAGACCGCCUAAGCGAUGACCCCUAUCUCAAAGGAGCUAUUUCGUAUUUAAUAACAGAUUGGGGUUCACAAGUCAGCCUUGGGUACGACUCUGCCGAAAGCGAAGAUUCAGAAGAACGAGAUCGUGAAUUCGGGAGGAUCGCAUUUCGCCUCCGUAACAUGAUCGAGGAUCCGAAAUGGCUUUCCCGGGAGUACAGCUUUAAGUCCGUGGUUCCGAAUCAUGCGAAGCUCUCCCACUCGAUCAUAUUGCUUAGGUCAAAUUUCUGUGCAUCGUUCAAGAACAUCCUCAAUAUACUUAUGGGAUCCAUGACUACAGAUCAGGCAACCGUGCGCAGCCGCAGCCUCAAAAGCAUUAAUCUAGUACUCGACACCGAUCCUACCAUCCUUGACGGCGAUAGUGCUUUCAUCGAGAUCAUUCUCCAAUGCUCUAACGAUUCUUCCCCCCAAGUACGCGACUCGGCUCUUGGCCUUAUAGGAAAAUGCAUGAGCAUGCGUCCUAAGUUGGAAGAGAGGAUGACGCCAACAGUCAUACAACGUUUCAUCGAUUCUGGAGUUGGCGUGCGGAAGCGAGCAAUGAAGCUGGCUAAAGACAUCUACUUGGGAAAUGACAGCAAGGCAGUUCGGAGCGCGAUUGCAAAUGGAUUAUUGCAUCGGACGCAAGAUCCGGACGAGGGUGUACGGGAGCUUGCUAGGCAGAUGAUAGAAGAAAUUUGGAUUUCGCCUUUCUACAAGGAAGAUGACUCGGUCGCUUUCAAGCAGUCCCUUACCGAUCAUGUCGCUCUCAUGGUCCAGACUGUUAAGCACGGAAAUACCGCAUUGGUUCUGGACAAAGUCUUCCAAACAAUACUGUCGCCAGACUCCAAACUUGCCGAAGCUAAUGCUAGAGUUUGCGCACGACUUGUUGCAAACCUGGUUGACCUUAUCAACAACCCCGAAUCUAACGAUCCAUCGGUUCCAUCUAGUAGAGAUGCCUUCCAAGUUCUUAUGAUAUUCGCAAAAGCUGACCCAAAGCUUUUUACCUUUGAGCAGAUUCGACAAUUAGAGCCUCACAUUGCGAGCGUCAGUACUAGUGAAGAUCUAGCAGUUUCGAGGGCUGUGGUUAUCAUAUACCGCCGUGUAUUGCCACAGGUAUCCAGCGUGCAUUCGAAAUUUCUUUCUGAUGUCCGCAAGGUUCUUAUGCCUGCGACGUCUAAAGUGACAAGAGCUCUUCUUGACGACGUCGUAGCAUGUAUAUGGAUUAUCAGCGAGCUUCUCCAGUCAUUCGAAAACCUCACGCGACUACUACUAUCAGGUCUAAAAGCUAUCCAAGUAAUGAAGAAAGGGCCGCUUGACCAAACGAAAACCAGGCAAUUUGACCGAUAUUCUCUUAUAGUUGGUAUGAUCGGUAAACAUUGCAACCUAGAUAGUCACGAGGAACGAUUCAAGUCCGAUCCUAAUCUACCAAAGUGGAAGGGUUCCGUAUCGAAACUCAUGGUAGACGUUCUAGUCCCUUUUGCAAGUCCCUCGCAGCCAGCGGAUGUGAGGCGUCCAGCACUAGAUGCUAUCGGGCUGAUUUGCCAAUCUAACCCUAGGAAUUACGUCGCCGCAAAUGUCUAUACGACAUUCCAACAGGCCUUCGACGAGCACAUUCCUGUUCUAGAAUCCAUGAUUCUCCGGUCUUUUAAAGAAUUUCUAUUAAUAGAGGAACAGAGGUCCGAGCAAGCAGCCUCGUCAGCAGCUGCCAGCAAAGAGUCUAUUAAGAAGGACUUGAAGGUUAUGGGCAGUACUAGCUUUGAUGAUGUGGCGAGCGCAACCACACAGCGAUUCCUCAAAGACAUCACCCGCAUCACUCUAUCGACCUACGAUGACCACGCCUUUCUAGCUAUGGAGGUGUUAGCAAGUAUCAACCGACAGGGUUUAGUACACCCGAAGGAGACUGGCGUCACCCUCAUUACGCUUGAGACUUGUCCAGUACCCAAGAUCUCUGAGCUCGCAUACCAUGAGCACAGAGCGCUUCACGAGAAAUAUGAGAGUGUGCUUGAGAGAGAGUAUGCGAAAGCCGUACACUCGGCCUUCCAGUAUCAACGUGAUGUUGUCAAGGACCCGCGCGGCGCGACUGAACAUCCAUUUACGUCGAAACUCCAUCUUCUUACCGAAGUCCUAAGGAUUAGCAAAGCUAAAAAUCGCAUCAAAUUCCUUGAGAAGCUUGUUGGGCAGGUCGAGUUUGAUCCCGCAAAGCUUCCCUCAGAUCAGGCGUUAUCACCACACGUCGAGUUUUCUCGCUUUAUAGCUGAGAACAUCGCUUUCUUCGAGUUCGUCACUACCGGCGAGUUGCAGGCUACAAUUACUGCCAUGGAGAAGAUGGUAACUGCCAUAGGGUCUAGUAUUGCCCAAGCUAUCGAAUCCGAAAUCUUCCAAGUACGUAUGGAUCAAGCCUCCAUCUCCCAGGAACCCGCUGGUGGCGAAGAACAGCCUGCUGCUCCUGCACCACCUCCUGUUGACCAACAGCGGCUUCGCCAGCUAGCAGCUGGUUCGACCAUCCUCCUUAUUCUUUGGGAGGUACGUACUCACCUACGCCGACUAUACGGGCUUAGUUCCAAUCGACGUGAGAAUAAUAAAGGGAAGAACGUCCUGAAGGAUCUCACCAAGCCGCCAAUUAAAGUCCAAGGAGUUACCGGAGACAAAAUCUGGGAUGACGUCACCAGAAUCAUAUCUGCAUUGGAUACGCCAGAACGCAUGAUGGAACAGUGCAGGACUUUUGUCGAACUUCUUAACGUUGACAACGAAAUAAAAGUGCCAGACGAGGAAGAAGAAAUUGAUCUUGAUGGCGAACCAACAUUUUCAGAUGCAGAAGGUGCCGAAGACAUGGCUGAUAUGGACCCGCGCGGCCGCAAGAGAAAGGCCGCGGCCGGCCCGGGAGGACGCAAGAAACGAGCGCGGUCUAGUUCAAAGCCUAGGCCUCGAGGUCGGCCCCGAAAGCAGAGCACGGAGGUAGUGGAGGCCGAUUUAGAAGCCGACAUGGAGUGGAUCUGAUAAAUACCGUCGUCAAUCCCGGAGUAUUCCACGGUAUAAACGUAAUUUUCGAUUCUUCAUUAUACCUCUUCAUAAUAACCCCCGUCACUAUACAUAAACGUAAUCACAGACAACCGUCCCGGUAAUACAGACGGGUAGACGGUGGGAAGUGCCGCAUUACUGCACAGCAUGGCCGGCUACGUUGAUGAGCAUGAGAAACUGGCGUUUAAAGGGCGAGAAUAGGGGGACAUUGGGUUUAAUAUCAAGGUGUCCGGGGCUUGUAAAGGUUUACUGUUUUUUUCUUCUUUUUUCUUUUCUCUCUUCUCGAAAGUGUGCUGCCGCCAGGCAGGUGAGGGAGGAGGUACCGCGAUCAACAAGACGGGGCCGGGCUCUCUACACUUGCUUUUCUUUUCUUUCUUUUCUUUUUUCUUUUUUUUUUUUUCGCCAUGAUACCUUUGAUCUGCUUCCUGUACUAUGAACCACCCUGUGCUGAGCCGCUGCCUUUUUGGAGGUUGCUCAGCGCGAUAAGCUUGUUAUAUACCCGCUUUCAGAUAACACCUAGAACACAAGAAAGUACUAGGUAAAAUAGAGAUUCUUACCCAUCUCGCAACAUCAU